AUGAAGUGGUUGAAACAACUUCUUGGUAGAAAGAAAGACUCUCGACACGAGAAUUUUGAUGGCCAAACCCACAAACCGAAAAAGAGCAAGAUAAAUGACACGACGAACAGAAGUGAUGUGCCAAAUGACAGUUUUCCUGGAGGGCGUCCAGAGGGUCCGCGACAUACCAAGCCUGUGCCAAUACCGCAUAGAACUGAACCUCGACAUGGAGAAUUCAGCCAGGCGACCCAGGUAUACAAGCCGUCCUAUUCAGUGACAGAGAUGGUUACAUCUGUUGGUGAUUAUAUUGAUAACUAUAAUAAAACUCAAAGACCUGAAGACCGCAUCGAAAUUGAUAUCAUUGUUCUGAAGGGGCUUCUCGAUAUCGACCAGAACCUGACAGAACCGAAGGCUGGCUCCCAAAUCAAGUUUAUCAGUAACCCUAAGAAACGCUGGCGGAACGAUAUUCAUUCUGCAAAGCUAGAACGAGCGUGCGCCAAGGCAAUAUGGCACACAAAAGACACAUGGAUCCCUGAUGCUAGUUUAGAUACCGCAGUCCAAAUCGAAAUGUUCCGGUCCACAGAACGUGACACAAAAGUAUAUGUAUCGCGAAUGCAAGGUUUGACUAUCCGAAAACCUCCUCUAGACUAUCAGUUUUGCCAGCGUGUGAAUCGGUUUGGGGAUCCGAAGUCAACCCCAGCACCACCACAACCAUCCAUCUCUGAACUGAGCAAAAUAGUGGCACUUUUACAAAGUUAUGUCGACCAUAAUCAGAGACACCUAGAGGACACGCAAGCUAUAUCAACCCAAAAAAACAGAGAGAGAGGGAAAAAAUACGAUCUAAACCCUAUGGCUUAUGACUGUGACCACCAACAUCACCGUUCACAAGGUAUUAUGGUACCUGAUAAGGCAAUCGCAAUAUGGCAGAACAAUUAUCGCUUCAGGAAUGUGCACUUUUGGCUAGAAAAGGUCGAUUUUGAAAGUUGUCGAAUAAGCCUGAAGAAAGGGGAGCAUAGACAUCUUAUUGGUCAUGUCAUGAUCGUGGAGCGUUCAAAGUCGCGUGAAAGUAGCAACACGAGGAGUCGAAAUGAGUCUCGUGGAGGUAAUGGAUCGCAUGAUUCUGCUGGCACCGGUCAGCGACCUCCAUCCAAAACAAGCACACAUAAAUCAUCGGAUUACGGUUCUGAUAGUGGUACAUCUACACGUACGCGACGACAUGGAAAGAAUUCGUCCCAAUCGCCGUCUCAGCGUAAGCCACCCAGUACUCAAUCAAGCUUCGAGAUUCCCCCGAAACAAAAACCUCUUUCUCAUUCGCGCCCGCCACCUUCGAUAAGCAUCGAUCCCUUAAUCAAUGAGAAACGACGAGGGAAAUCUCCCGGAAAGUCUCCCAGUGGAAGGUCCCCCAGUAGAAAAUCUCCUAAGCGCUCACCUCGUACGCCUGAUGAAUAUCAUGUUCAUCAAAAUCAAGACAUUCCACCCUUACCUCCUCUUUCAUACUCGCCACAUCGCGACUAUCAAAAAUCUCCUGCACGACCUGGAUCUAGUGGUCAAAGAGUGACUCCGAAGAAAAGCCAUAAAGAUUUAUUGGAACCUAGCACUAGCAAACAACAAUCCUCGCACCCGUACUCCAAUAGCAAUAAUGGCAACAAUAGCAAAAGUGCAGCUGUGAAAGCGAAAAAGAGUCAGCGAGAUUUACGCAAUACUCCCACUAACCAACCCAAAAUACAAACACAAUCAUACUCCCAACCAUACAGCAAUAACAGAAGCGAAAUCACGAGACUACCCGUGGGCAAUCAAUCUUCAUCACCUGUAAUUUCGCCGCUUGAUCCGACAUAUGAUAAACCGUGGAAGAAUGAGACUCCGGAGCAAAAAAAAGAAAGACAUGAUAUUAUGAUGGAAGAACUUAGACGGGAGGAUAGAAACGAUAUUAGAAGAUGA